GCCGCCAUGGCCACGCCGCUGCCCAGCCGCGCGGGCGGGCCCGCCACGCCGCUGUCGCCCACGCGCCUGUCGCGGCUGCAGGAGAAGGAGGAGCUGCGCGAGCUCAAUGACCGCCUGGCGCACUACAUCGACCGUGUCCGCGCGCUCGAGCUCGAGAACGACCGGCUCCUGCUCAAGAUCUCCGAGAGGGAGGAGGUGACCACGCGCGAGGUGAGCGGCAUCAAGACGCUGUAUGAGUCGGAGCUGGCCGAUGCCCGCAGGGUGCUAGACGAGACCGCGCGGGAGCGGGCGCGGCUGCAGAUCGAGCUGGGGAAACUGAAGGCUGAGCUGGAGGAGGCGAACAAGAGCUCCAAGAAGAGGGAGGGUGAGCUCACGGUGGCCCAGGGCCGCGUGAAGGAUCUGGAGUCGCUGUUCCACCGGAGCGAGGCAGAGCUGGCCGCUGCCCUCAGCGACAAGCGCGGCCUGGAGAGCGACGUGGCUGAGCUGCGGGCCCAGCUGGCUAAGGCGGAGGACGGUCACGCGGUAGCCAAAAAGCAGCUGGAGAAGGAGACGCUGAUGCGCGUAGAUCUGGAGAACCGCUGCCAGAGCCUGCAGGAGGAGCUCGACUUCCGGAAGAACGUCUUUGAGGAGGAGGUGCGGGAGACGCGGCGGCGGCACGAGCGCCGCCUGGUGGAGGUGGACAGCAGCCGGCAGCAGGAGUACGACUUCAGGAUGGCGCAGGCGCUGGAGGAGCUGCGCGGCCAGCACGACGAGCAAGUGCGGCUGUACAAGCUGGAGCUGGAGCAGACCUACCAGGCCAAGCUGGACAGCGCCAAGCUGAGCUCUGACCAGAACGAUAAGGCCGCCAGCGCCGCCCGGGAGGAGCUGAAGGAAGCCCGCAUGCGGGUCGAGUCCCUCAGCUACCAGCUCUCCGGCCUCCAGAAGCAGGCCAGUGCCGCAGAGGACCGGAUUCGCGAGCUGGAGGAGACCAUGGCUGGGGAGCGGGACAAGUUCCGCAAGAUGCUGGACGCCAAGGAGCAGGAGAUGACCGAGAUGCGGGACGUGAUGCAGCAGCAGCUGGCCGAGUACCAGGAGCUGCUCGAUGUCAAGCUGGCCCUGGACAUGGAGAUCAGCGCCUACCGCAAGCUCCUGGAGGGCGAGGAGGAGAGGCUGAAGCUGACCCCCAGUCCGGCGUCGCGCGUCACCGUCUCGCGGGCCACGUCGAGCAGCAGCAGCGGCGGCGUGUCCACGGCUGGGCGCCCGGGCCGCAGCAAGCGCAAGCGGCCGGAGGCGGAGGAGUCGCCGGGCCCGGGCUCGAGCGGCAUCGGCUCCGGCAGCAGCAGCAGCAGCGGCAGCACCAGCUUCCACCUGGCGCAGCGGGCCUCGGCCUCGGGCGGCGUCGGCAUCGAGGACAUCGACCUGGAGGGCAGGUUUGUGCAGCUGAAGAACAGCUCGGACAAGGACCAGUCCCUGGGGAACUGGAGAAUCAAGAGGCAGGUCAUGGAAGGGGAGGAGAUCGCCUACAAGUUCACGCCCAAGUACGUGCUGCGCGCCGGCCAGACCGUCACGGUGUGGGCUGCUGGUGCGGGAGUGGCCCACAGCCCCCCCUCGACACUCGUGUGGAAGAACCAGAACAGCUGGGGCGUGGGCGAGAGCUUCCGGACCGUCCUGGUCAACGCCGACGGGGAGGAAGUGGCCAUGAGAACCGUGAAGCAGUCCUCGGUGGUGCGGGAGACGGAGAACGGGGAGGAGGGAGAAGAGGAGGCAGCGGAGUUUGGCGAGGAGGAUCUUUUCCAUCAACAGGGGGACCCAAGGACCACCUCAAGAGGCUGCCGCGUGAUGUGAACGGAACACGCCUCAUGGAUGACCUGUCUUUACCCAGAGCCACCGAAAACUAUUUUUAUAUCAUUGGCUGUCUUUAGUCCUUGAUACAUUUCUAGAGAAUUUUUAAGCAUACUGCCAGAACAUGGGGGCGGGUCUCUGUGAUCUUUCCUAUCGGUGGGCUUCCUCGGGCCCUUCCUUCAUCACCACUGGCCAGACUUCUUUUUGGUGCCCCAUUUCACCAUUUGGUUGAAUUCGAGGCUGAAGAACCUAAUGGCUGACGGGGGUUGGGCAUGGAGGCUGGAAGGCCGGGCCAGGCUCAGGGGCGGCUGCCGGGGCUGGGGCUCUUGUCUCCGGGAGCCGCCCUGUGAGCCUCGAGCGGAUGGAGAGCAGGACUGCCUAGGAGUUCAGUCGUUUUAUGAAGCUCCUUAAAAACCAAAUCCAGAAUCCAGGUUCUGACGUGGGGCGGGGGGGUAGGCGCAUUCCCUGUGGAAUUCUGGUGGCCCGGCCGCAGGUGCUGAGGGGCUGGGGUGCAGGUUUUGGCUGCCCGGCCUGGGCUCCGGGGCUCUGGUAUGCUUGUGGUGGUGGUGGUGUGCGGCCGCAGGCCAGGUUUCUACGCACAUAUCGAGGCACUCCGCAGUGGGCCUCCUUUUCCCUUCCUGGCUGUCUGGCCCUCGAGUUUCUGGAGCUUUCUGUAGUCCAGUUCCUAAGCUUGCAGGACCAACGGGGCAGGAGAGAGAGAUGGAAACCCAGGGAACAGGGACAGCUCCGUUUGGAGACUUGUCACCAGGUAAAUGGCCAGGGGACAAGUGGAAAGGGAAAUGGGGUCACCUGGGAAGCAAGUGCCCCUGGUUUCAGAGCCACUGUCCACAGGGAGCAGCCACUUCCUGCCCUCUGUGAGGAGAGCAACUUGAGGGUGAGCCACUGGACCGCCCACACCGCGUUUUCCCACUCUGUGCCUUGUGCAUGGGGCUGCGUCCCAACGCCCGCCGUCCCCUGUAUGUUCUUGUGCGUGCCCCGCUAGCUUAGCUUCUGUGGCGACCUCCUCGCUGAAAUGCUGUUUCUCAGACAUGCCGGUGCUGGCUGAUUCCACAGGAUGGCUCCACGGCCGCCAGGCCACCUCCACGUUCGCUUCCCAUUUGUACCCCCUCCCACAUAGAUACACAGAAGUUAUUUUUUUAAUGGAUAUUUAUUUUUUUACAUUGGUCAGUACUCAGAUUGCCGGAUUCCACUUGAGGCCUCAUGCCAGCGUCACUGGGACAGCCCCCCAAGGGGCUGGAGUUGAGGGAGGCUAUCUCGGUGACCUCUGAGGCCCCAGACGGCAAAUUCCUUCAGAAAGUGCAGCUCGAGUCUUCAAGACGUCAUACUGAGCCAUGGAGGCACGCUGCCCCCAGAAGGCAGCCCGUUUACAAAGCAGCCAGCCCUUCCCAGCUUGCCCUAGGCCGGGAGCAGCGCGCCUGCCUCCCACCUCGGGCGAUCCCCCCACCCCCGUCUCACUUCCCUUGGAAACUGCUUGUGGCCAGAGGGUCGGACGCUUCUGCUGCAUCGAGAAUUUGCCCGCAGCCCCUUGCUUUAGGUCUAGUUCUUUCCACGGCCACCCGAGUCCCCGGGCCGAGCGCUCGGUUCUUCUCGUGGACGGAAACGUCUCACCACUCCUCCCAGCGUUCCUGGUGGGCCUGGGGCGCUCGCCCCACACAUGACCGUUCCCAUGAGGGCCCCCGGCUGUGCAUUCCCCCACCCCGCGCCCACACCUCGGGGACCACGCGCACAGUGCGGGCCUGGAGUGCAGAGGCUUGCGGCAUUGGGGGGGUGGGGCUGGGGUCCUCCCGAGUGUGCCCUGGCCUCGGCCACAUCCUGCGAGGUGUCUUGGGGGGUCUCAUGGGCAGGGAGUGGGCCCCCUCGUGUCCGGCAGGUGGUUUCUGUGGUCUUCAAGCCGGUUCCCCCCUUCCGCCUGCCCCGUGGCGGCCCUGGCCCGGGGGAGGGGUGCCCGCAGGUGGGGGACGGGCAUUGGCAGGAAGUGCUGGGAGAUCCAGAGUGGAAUCCAAUGUUACAACGUCAGCGUCGGCCUGGGAAACAGUUCGUAGUUGUCAUUCUUAGCUUUAAGCCGCUUUAAAGGACGCGAGACGGUUCCCUCUACCCGGCCAGCGGCAGCUCGGCGACCCCCGGGUGCGGUCUGACCCCGCGGCCCUAGGGCGCGCCCCCGCCGGAACACCAGCACGACCUGCCGGGGGGCCGCCCCGAGCGAGCGCCGGGCGGGGGAGCCGGGGCGGCGUCCACGAACUUGCAUGCCAAACGUGUGGUCUUUUUCUUUCUCCAGUGAUUUGUAAUAUGCAUUUUAUGACUGGAAACUUUUUGUACAACACUACAAUAAACAUUUUGGUUUUA